CUAAAUUUUGGUUUUGUACUUUUAUAAAUAUAUUCCUAAAGUAACUAGAUAAAUGCAUUAAGUAUAUAAUGAUUUAGUAACAAAUUACAUACCUUUAAACUACUUUUUAUGACAAAUCAUGCCAUCAUCUUUUUGGAAUGACGUUGAUGUUUAUAUCUUUAUGGAUUUACAUAUAUCUUAAAUCACCUGAUAAUCCUAUGAAUGGUGAAGAGCUUCAAGAAGAAGAAACAUCUGGAGGUACCUCGGGAGAAGAAAUUUGGGGUACGCCAACAAGCGGAGGAGAAAUGGAUGACAAUCUGUAUUCUCCUGGUUAUGAUGACAAACAGUCGUCAAAUGGCGGAUCGAUAUCAUCAGAUUACGGAGACGAAACAGAGAUAAUGAUGGAUGAACUGUUAAUGGCGCAACCUAUUAGUGGGGCCAUCAUGAGAGGCCUGCUUCCUAGAAUGACCUUAGAACCAUUGAUAGAAGAAGAAUGUUCUGAAACAUCAUCUACCUCUUCGAUAGAAUCUAGUAGCGACCCAUCAGUGUCUCCAGAACAGGGCAACGAAACUGGAAAUGCUGCUGACACAUGUUCGGCUGUUGCGGAAAACCCUUUCGUGACGACUCGCCGGCAUCCGGCGGCGAUCGCAACCGAAGAAAUAGUCGAAGACCUCGAAAAUCCGGCGGUGACUACGCCUCGAUCUGCCGGUUCGACUCCGACGACGGAAGUGCCAACGACGAAAAUUCACAGAUCGGAAAGCUAUCGCCAUAUUAUCGAGGCUGCAGAAAACGAAGGAAACGACGAGCGAAACGUAUUUUUCUUCAGUCGCUUCCGGCCGGUCGUCAAGUUUGUAAAUAUUGAAAGGGUGCCUAAAACGAAAAGCAUCAAAAUUUUUGAGUUUUUUAAUGUGCGAAAGCCAGAAAGAAGAAUCUACGAAACGUAUCCGGAGGGAAGACACCUCAUCAGGGUAUUCGACAGUGACGAUUCCCAAUCAGAAGAAUCGCCUAGCAAGUGCUCUCCUAAGCAACUAUCGCCUAAAAGAGACAAGGAUAAGCAACUGGACAGAAGAUUCUGGAAGCAACUCAGCAGACGAAGAGUAACCAAAGGAAACGUUCCGGCCUAAAACUUAAUAUUUACGGUGAUUUAUGACGAAUAAUGCUCAAGGAAAUAUAAAGAAACUUUUAAAACAGAUGUUGAAAAUGUUACGAAUCAUUUUUAUAAACUUCUUAGGUCAAUUUUUAAAUAUUUGAAGAUACAAAAGUCGUGACUAUUUAAUAAAUAGUUUUAGAUCGUGACAAUUUUCACGAUUCAAAAGAAAGUUUUAAAUUUUAACCAUUUAUGUUUCAAAAAUGCAGUUAUUUUAAGAAGUAGUGCGUGUUUCAAAACAGUACAAACAUUAUAAAGUUACUACAUUUAAAAUUCUUCUGUCGCACAUUCAAACAAAAUACAGACGCAAAUAGUUCUUCUUUUGCGACUUUUAGCCAAUUCCUAUCUUUCAGGAUUUAGAAUUUUACUAUAAUGAUAAAUUUCUUAUUUAUGAGCAAAUAUAUAGUCGUUACCAGUACUUGCAACUGUCACUAUUUCGAGAAAUCCAAGCAUCACUACAGCCUUAAGGUAUUAUUAUACUGCAAUAGCAACCAUUAAUAGGUCAUUCUAAUGAUAAUGCAGUUUAUUAAAACUACAAGUAAUUUUCAUAGCGGCGUCUUGACUAAUUAAAGUAGGUAUUUAGCUCUUAUUUGGCCAUUUCUCUUUCCAAUAAAAAUUAUUAAGACAGGCAAACAUCUAGGUCUAUUUUACGAUUCCCCUGUUUCUGCUUUGAUGAAAAUAACAUAAUUGAAAUAGAACCGGUAAAGUAAAAUGUAGCUUUUGAAGGGAGGUACUCAAAAGGCUUCACUGCUUCCAUCAAACAUGGACGACAUCUCACCUCGAUAUGUCUUUCAUCAGUCCUACAAAGUUAUAACCAAGAAUAUAGAAGAGGAGGAAGUGGCAGGUAGAAUUCAUAUUUACAUCAACGAUUCCAAGACAAAUAUACUCCAGAUACCUAAACCUUAACAUAACCAAUAUUACUGGAAGGAACAUACUUAUCUAUACAGAUAGCAAACAAGCACUGCUUACCCUGGACAGACCACGAAAGGUCCACGAAACGCCACAUCAAAGAGUUAGUGUCUGACCGAUUCACAAGCCAAGAAGGCAUCCUACCAAAUACUUUUUCGUCUUAUCCCUUUUAUUGAGCUAACAACAUCAAUCGUGACGAAACUAAUUAAACAACAUCAGCAAUUCCAUAAUAUGGAGAUUUGUGUUAGGCGAGUAUUGGCUAAAACCAGCCAAUAUAAGAGAAGUACCGCCUCUUUGCGACGUUUCUAACUACAUUAAAUCUGUAGGUUUGCUUACGAGCUAAGAGAGGCCUAAAGGAUGUUUCCCAAUGGGCCUAGUGAGACCUAAUUCUGUGGAAAGGGGACAACCCACCCUCUCCAACUUAUAUAUAUAGAACAUCUUGGUCUAUUUCAUGAGCAGCCUGUACAUAUUAAUCCUUUUCUGCUAGUUCACUUUUACAAUUAAAAUCUGUAUAUGUAUCAUGAUCAUAUACUAAUAUGUAUUUAAAUGUUGAUUCCAGGAGAAUGUAGAGCCACCGUUGCUGAUCCAAUACCAUAUAUCUAUGAUUUUAUUGGGUGUCCUCUCCUCCUUCUAGGACCUAUUAUAAUUUUCUAGCCGUUUUUUCCAUACUAUGUCUUAUUCUCCCUACAUAAAAUCCAUUUCUCUAUUCAAAACCGAAACAUACUCUAAUUAAGAUGCCGUUAUCUAUAAAUUAGAAUAUCUUAUUGUAUAUUAUUUUAUUAAGUAGAGAUAACUGAAAUUCAAAGUUAGAAUAAUUGGCAAUAAAAAGUUUUGUACAAGUUCCCUUUUCUACUGUUCAUGCUCGUUCCAAAGCUAUUAUUGCACUGCGACCUAAAAGGUCUACUGUGUCCCCUUCUGUCGCUAAUGCAUGGAGGAAAUAGUCUUGAUGCCUAUAACGACCCUUCCAAUCCUAUCUUCUCAAGGAAGUGUAGGAUUUGGAUGGCUUUAAGUUAGGUAGAUGGACCACUUUUAUUUAGAAUGCUCCUAAGUAUAGUUCUGAGUUUCGAAUUGCUAUACAUUUAGUCAAAAUGUGCAAUGAGUUUCAUCCUCCUCCUCGCAGAAUCUGCACUGACUAUCUUCUAUAACUAUCAGCUUACUAAGGUGUCUUUUGAGUCAGCAAUGCCCGGUACAUGUAUAUUUGCCCAGAAGUAUCUUAGCCUAUCUUAACACCAAAACAUUGUUCCAAUUAUCGAUUCUUCUACAGUUCAAUUCUUUUUGAACCUCUCCUAAUAUUGUGUAACUGCUGAUACCGCAAAACAGCUCAGCUCAGGUCCCACAAAGAGUAUUUAAGCCCCUUUCCUUGAGAGACUAUCUGCAAUCUCUUUACCCUAGGCUAUUUGGUAUCGAAGUACCUAGAUAUAUUUGACUUUGUUGUCAUUUGGAUUAAUGUUGUUAAUCUAGUUCUACAGGGAAUUUUACUAAAAGUAAAAGAAGUAGGUACCUAUACUUAAAAUAAUAUACAGUACCUACGUUAACAAAUGCGAAAAGCAAAAUAAAGAUAAGACGCUUAAUUAUAUUUAGACGUAAAGAGAGUAACUUGGUUUAACUACGCCCUUUCGAUGGCAAGGAGGGGAUAUUACAGUUCGCAUUCGAUGAUGUAUUAUUCUGUUUCUGUCUAUUCAAUAGCAUUGUUUUCCUCUACCGUUUUCCUAGAGUCGUUAUUGGAAAGUUAACGUACUUUUUUAUUUACAACUACUCUAUUAAAACUUUAAAAUAAAUGCAUUUGUUCGAUAUUGACCACACUAUAUAAGAUAAGACAGUUUUUAAUGAAUCACGCAGUAAAGAAGAAUUAUUUAUAUGAACUUUGAAGAUAAUGAAUUUUUAUUUCAAAUUGUGUAUGCUUGUGUUUUUAAUAAUUGUCCUCAUUAUAUUUUUGAAAAUGGUUACGACUUUUGAUACUGUUUUAAAUAUAUGACAAAUUUGUCACUAUUUGUCAAAAGAAUAUUUAUUCUGAAAUUUAGUAAUCGUUUAUUCAGAAGAGAAGCUAGAAUUCAAGUUUUUAAAUAAUAAAAACAAAUAGAUACAAAAAGGGAUGUUAGGUAUUUUUAUAAUAGAAUUAAAAAGUGUAAACAUAUGUGUUAUAAGUAUAAUUUGCUUAGGAAAUUUUGAAGAAACUUGCUAAAUUUUGUAGGCAUAGUUAUACUAGUCUGCAAAUACAAAAUUAAUCCAAAAUAUAUGCAAUUUAAUGUGCAUGUGGAUUUUUAAAAGAUGUCCAAAAGACUUUUCUAAAAUAUUCAGCUUCUAUUCUCAAUAAACACUGUGAUAGAGGUAUAGUGAGAUAUUUUUGUGUAGCAUGGCAGAAAAUUUGAAAAAGUAGGUGAAAAAUGUAAUAACGAAAUUAUAGCUUCAGUGAAAAAUUUGUCAUAAGAAGGUUUGAAAUAAUAGCAUCAAAAAUAAACAAUA